AUGGCACCACCUACCGCCACCGCGGAUUCGAAAAACGGCGCUAACGACUACAGCAAAUCCGCCGUGAAGAAGGUGGUCGAAGCAGAUCAAAAUGGCGGCAAUGUCUCUGAUGAGCAUGCUCUGGUACUCAAGACAUUGCGAGUCUUGGUCGCCGACUUAUGCCAGCAAUUCAAGGGUGGCCACCCUGGUGGCGCGAUCGGCAUGAUGGCGAUUGGCAUCGCACUAUGGAAGUACACAAUGCGCUAUGCUCCACGAGAUCCAACUUGGAUCAAUCGAGACCGAUUCAUCCUCUCGAAUGGCCACUGCUGCAUCUGGCAAUACGUUUACUUACACAUGACCGGCUUUAAUGAUAUGUCAUUUGACCAGCUGAAGUCGUAUCACUCGGAUCGCGCGGACGGCCUGUGUCCGGGACAUCCUGAGAUCGAACACGAGGGCGUUGAGGUCACCACGGGCCCUCUCGGUCAGGGCGUGGCCAACGCUGUAGGACUUGCCAUGGCCAGCAAGAACCUGGCAGCCACGUUCAACACGCCAGAUUACGAUAUCAUAUCGAAUCAUAUCUGGUGCACUGUUGGAGACGCGUGUCUGCAAGAAGGCGUCGGACUCGAGGCAAUAUCCUUGGGUGGGCAUUGGCGGCUCAACAACCUGACAAUAAUCUACGACAACAACCAGAUCACCUGUGAUGGGGCUGUAGAUAUCACCAACACGGAAGAUAUCAACGCCAAGAUGCGUGCUUGCGGUUAUCAGGUCAUCGACAUCAUGGACGGUAACCAUGACGUUGAGCUGAUUGUCAAGGCCCUGGAGCUCAGCAAGAAGUCUGACAAGCCCACCUUUAUCAACGUACGCACAAUCAUUGGCCUUGGUAGCGAUGUCGCCGGUCAAGCGGUUGCGCACGGAGCCGCAUUCAAGCCCGAAGAUGUUGCUCAGAUGAAGAAGGCUUACGGCUUUAAGGAAGACGAAAUGUGGCAGAUUUCUCAAUCUGUGCGCGAUUUCUUUAGCGACAUCGUCCCACGAGGCAAACGCCAUGUUGCCGAAUGGAAUGACCUCCUUGCCGCGUAUGGAAAGCAGCAUCCAGAGCUUCAUAAAAUUUUCGUUGCCCGAAUUGAAGGCAACACUCCUGACUGGGAGCAGUACAUCCCAAAGGAGUUCCCCAACAAAGCCACUGCAACGCGUGCUGCGUCCGGCUUGGUCCUCAACCCGAUCGUCGAACAUGUCCCUAAUUUUAUAGUAGGCACGGCGGACCUUACACCCUCCGUGAACAUGAAGUACAACAACAUGAUUCCCUUCAAUUCGCCAGAUCUCAAUCCUUCGACCGGCCCGGAUGGCAGCUACUCUGGCCGAUAUAUCCACUACGGUAUUCGCGAACACGCCAUGUGCGCCAUCUCGAACGGUAUCGCUGCCUGGGGCCGGCCGGGCGCCCAAACGUUUAUUCCAAUUACAUCCUCCUUCUUCAUGUUCUACAUCUACUGCGCCGCGGCUGUGCGCAUGGGCGCGCUUCAACGCCUGCAGGUCAUCCACGCCGCCACUCACGACAGCAUUGGUACAGGUGAAGACGGUCCAACGCAUCAGCCUCUGGAGCUCGCCGCCCUGAGCGUGGAUCACGCUAUCAAGGCCAAGUUUACACCCAGCAUCAUUUCGACCUCCCGACACGGCAUUCCUCAAUUCCCUGGUUUGACCAGCCGCGACAAAGUCGCCAAAGGCGCCUAUGUCAUUGGCGAGGACCCAGGAGACGCUGCUGACAUCACCCUGAUCGGUGUUGGACCUGAAUUCAACAUCGCCUCGUCAACUGCCGACCUGCUCCGCUCGAAACACAAUCUCAAGGUCCGCCUAGUGUCCUUCCCGUGCCAACGCCUCUUCGACGCCCAGCCUAGGUCGUAUCAGCGCAACGUCCUGCAGCGCCACACCAGCAAGAACAUCCCCGCGAUAGUCGUCGAAGCAUACACGGCGACGGGCUGGGAGAAGUAUGCGGACGCGGCGGUGUGCAUGAGCAAGAAUAGGUUUGGGCAGAGUCUGCCGGGUCCGGACGCGUACAAGUAUUUUGGGUACACGGCGGACCAGAUUGCGCCGAAGGUGCAGGAGUUCUUGAAGAGGUGGAAGGGUGGGGAGGUGUUGAGGGGGGAGUUUGAGGAGUUGGUGCAUAGGGAGGAGUAUGAGGAAUGGGACCGGGGCACAAGGGAAUGA